UGCAAUUGUUAUAAGAGAUCCAGAGUUAAUUAGACAAGUUGGUGUAAAAGAUUUUGAUCACUUCAUGAAUCACAGACAAUUUGUUAAAGAAGAUUUGGAUCCAAUGUUUAGUAAUAUUAUGUUCAACCUUCAAGAUCAGAAAUGGCGCAACAUGAGAGCAACCCUUAGUCCAGCUUUUACUGGAAGCAAAAUGAGAAAUAUGUUUGUGCUAAUAUCUGAAUGCACUCAACAGAUGGGUGAAUUUAUGAAGAAAAAAAUCAAUGAGAAAGGACCACAGUCUUUGGAGCUGAAAGAAUUCUAUACAAGAGCUGCCACUGACAUCAUUGCAUCGACAGCAUUUGGGCUGAAAGUUGAUAGUUUGAAGGAUGAACAGAAUAUUUUCUAUAGGAUGGGUCAGAAACUAACUGGUGAAAAUUUCAAAGCUAUCAUUAAGAUAUUUGCUUAUUUGUUGAUACCCAGAGUUAUGAAGUUUUUCAACAUAAGUUUCAUCGACUAUGAAUGCGGCAACUUCUUCCGCAAAUUAGUAGGCGAUACCAUGGCUCUUCGAGAAAAGGAGAACAUUCAUAGACCAGACAUGAUCCAAUUACUCAUGCAAGCAAAAAAAGGAUCAUUGGUGUCAACAAAUGAAGACAAAGAUGAUACAGAUAAUGCUGGUUUUGCAACUGCCGCAGAAUCCACCACAAAAAUAGAAACAAUCAAGACAGUUUGGACUCAUGAUGAGUUGACUGCCCAAGCUUUGAUGUUCUUCCUAGCUGGUUUUGAUACUACUUCCACGGUUUUGUGCUUUUUAACACACGAAUUGGCGACACAUCCAGAAAUCCAGGAACGUCUACAACGAGAGAUUGAUGAUGUUUGUAAUUCCAUUAGUGGAACACCAAAUUACGAAACUGUAGUUCGCAUGAAGUACUUGGAUAUGGUUGUAUCUGAGGGAUUAAGAUUAUGGCCGCCGUUUGUUGCCACCGAACGAGUUUGUACAAAAUCGUACAAUCUUGAGGAUCACGAAGGAAACAAUUUGAAAGAUGAGAAACAUUUUGAAAAUCCAAAUCAUUUUGAUCCUGAACGAUUUAGUGAAGAAAAUAAACACAAGAUCCAACCAUUUACUUAUAUGCCAUUCGGGGUUGGACCAAGGAAUUGUAUAGCUUCUAGAUUUGCUCUAAUGUCCGUAAAAAUGAUCAUUUUCGAACUUCUUCGUAAUUUCGAUAUUGUUCCAUGUGAGAAAACCCAAAUACCACUAAAACUGACUAAAGGAACAUUCAACAUGAAAGUCGAAAAGGGAUUCUGGAUGGAAUUCAUAACAUGGAUACUCGUAGCCGUGCUGGUCUACGCUUUUUACAAAUAUUCCACCUGGACAUAUGACAGAUUUGAAGGAACGAAAGUGCCUUACAAGAAGCCUUUUCCAUUUUUUGGAAACACCGGACCGUUUAUGCUGCGCAUGGAGAACAUGAUUGACAAUGUUGGAAAAGUGUAUAGAAGUUUUCCAAAUAAAAGAUUUUAUGGUGUCUUCCAACUCCGUAUGCCUGCUGUGAUGAUAAAAGACCCAGAAUUGAUCAGACAAAUUGGUGUCAAAGAUUUUGAUAAUUUCCCGAAUCACAGACCAUUCAUUACUGAUGAUGUUGAUCCUAUGUUUGGAAACGUUAUGCUGAAUCUCCAAGAUCAGAAAUGGCGUGACAUGAGAGCAACCCUUAGUCCUGCUUUUACUGGAAGUAAAAUGAGAAAUAUGUUCAGGUUGUUGUCGGAAUGCACUGAACAGAUGGCAGAUUUUAUGAAGAAAGAAAUCGACACAAAAGGUCCACAAUCAUUAGAAUUAAAAAACUUGUACACAAGAGCUACAACUGAUGUAAUAGCUUCUACGGCAUUUGGUCUCAAAGUCAACAGCUUGAAGGAAAAGGACAACUUGUUCUACAGAAUGGGGCAACGAUUUAAUUUUGGUGGUGCCCUUACUGUUAUGAAACUAUUUGCUCACAUUAUGUUUCCCAAAGUUAUGAAGUUUUUCAAAAUAGCUUUAGCGGACGAUGAAAGUUCCAAUUUCUUCAGAUCCUUGGUCGGUGACACUAUUGCUCUUAGGGAGAAGGAAAAUAUCCAUAGACCAGAUAUGAUACAGUUAUUGAUGCAAGCUAAAAAAGGAGCUUUACGCCAUGAAGUUCCUAAAAACGAAGAUCACAAUGAUGAUAAUGUUGACGCAGGAUUUGCUACAGUUGCAGAAUCUCAUGUCACAAAAAGCCACACAACAAAAAGAGUUUGGACAGACGAUGAGUUAACAGCUCAAGCCAUGAUAUUCUUCCUGGCUGGUUUUGACACGACAUCAACUGUUUUAUGCUUUUUGACCCAUGAAUUGGCACUCCAUCCAGAAAUCCAGCAACGUCUUCAACAAGAAAUUGAUGAUAUUUGUGAUUCUAUAGAGGAUAAACCAAGCUAUGAAACAGUAGUCCAUAUGAAAUACUUGGAUAUGGUCGUAUCUGAAAGUUUAAGGCUGUGGCCACCACUUGCUGUUACUGACAGAGUUUGUAUAAAGCCUUAUGAAAUUGAAGAUUAUGAAGGAAAUAAGUUUGAAGUGAGAAAAGGAGAAGUCGUCCUGUAUCCUAUAUACUAUUUGCAACGCGAUGAAAAAUAUUAUGAAAAUCCUGAUAAAUUUGAUCCUGAAAGAUUCAGUGAUGAUAAUAAACACAAAAUCAAACCAUUCACAUAUAUGCCUUUUGGUGUAGGACCACGAAACUGCAUAGCAUCCCGAUUUGCAUUGAUGGAAGUGAAAAUGAUAAUUUUCGAACUUCUACGUCAUUUUGAUAUUGUGCCUUGUGAGAAAACACAAAUACCUUUGAAAAUCAAAAAGUCAACAUUUAACAUGCAUGUUGAAAAAGGAUUUUGGGUCACCUUUAAGAAGAGAGUGAAUAAAUGAACAGCAUAAUCAACAAAAUAUGAUACUUAUAAUUUAAUUUAUCUGUUAGUAAGAUAGUUAAU